AUGAGAUAAACCUUUUAAAAAUCGUAUCUAUACCUGCUAAAUUAAAAACUUCAACUAUUAGAUUAAGAUAAUGAAAAUCUUUUGAUAGAAAGAGUUAAAAAAUGUUUAAAACUUCCAGUUCAUAUAAUAUACAAAUUAUAAUUAAACUAACUAAAAUAACAACAGUUAAUCAAGUCAACAAGAGACCAAUUAAAUUAAUGCAUCUAGUUGAUCUAUUUAGACUAAAACCGAAUAUAGAUGCUAAAGUUGAUUUAAGUAAGAAUAAUUUAUAUCCAUAUUGUAGAUAAUUUGUGAUACUUAUUUAAUUACUAUUGACAGCAUCUCUGUUAGAUAUUAGUUUCAAUGAACCUGGUCUCUCUCUUUAUUUUGAUUUUUGAUGUUUAGUCUUAUAUUGAUAACAUAAAUAUAAUGUAUUUUGAAAUAAUUUUAGGAAAAUACGUGGAAUUAAUGGCUUGAUUGUAUAUUUUUAAGGAGAAACAUAUGUAAUAUUAAAUGCAUUAGAAGAAUUAGAAUGCAUUGAUAAUUAUAAUAGUAAAUUUGCUAAGUCAAAUUAAGAUAAUAAAAAUGUAGAUAUAGCAGGAAGUAUAUUAAACUUUAUUACAAAAUUAAUCUUAAUAGUUCUUUUGUAUUUAUACGGAAAAAGAAUAUAAUUGUUGAAAAUAAUCCAAGAGAUGCAAAAGAAGAAGAGAUAAUCAUGA